ACGCGGAGGAUGGGCGUUUGUGGUUCUGGUUUACGGGUUAGUACUCCUCCCUGCUUCAUGUCCACUUUCCCCUUCCUUCAUCCUUCUCUCUUUCCAUGCUAACGCGACCGCCACACCCACACAGGCAAUCAAUCAAUCGCCCAGGACGGACGGACGGGAACAUGCAAGCCAUGGCAAGGCAAGGCGAGGCGUCAAGGACAACAUGGGCGUCUGGGUUGCACUGGUGUAGGUGUAGUGGCGUUCUUUCUUUUUCGUUUGCGCUCUUUUGCUAUAUCUCCCCUCUCUUUCUGUACCUCUCUGCCCCCUCCUUUCUCCCCUCCUUCUCCCUCCCGUCUCCAUCUCUCUCCGCUAUAUCUCUCUCUGUUGUUUGUCUUUUUGUUUGGGUACUGGUUCUGGCUUUGGUGGGGUUGAGGCUUUCAUUGCAAAGGCAUCCAUCUAUUGGGCAUCAUCGUUGGCGCCGCAGGGUUGCUUUACCUCCUUGGCUAGGGUCUGGUCUGGCUUGCUGGUUGGCUGGUUGGCUUAGAUGCUGUAGAGUGAUCUCGACUGCUUUAUUUAGUGCUCUUGAGUCUGAAAAGUACAUGAUCACGUGCAGAGCUCUAGACAUUUCCACAGGAAGCUAGCGCGCGCGCUCGGCAGCUACUUCCCUCUUCAAUCGACACGCUACGUCUCACAACACACACCCAACAAUGAUUUGUAUUCCGCAGGAGACCUAUAAUGGAACCUCGCCUGGAAAAUGCGCCGCCAUCGUCCAGUGGGAACGCAGAGCGUCAUCCUAGCGCGUCGCCGCCGGCCAAACCUGCGCAUGGCGCUAGCUGCCUACUGUACCCUACCAUCACCAGAGCUACCGCCAGGGCUAUCGCCUGCGCUGGGACCUACCCUAGCAGGUACCACGGCGCGCUGCCUGCCUGCGUCACGUAGGCAUGCCAUCAUGGGCCUUUUACGCCUAGAGUAGUUGUGACCGUCUCGUCGUGUCUACUUGGCCUGACGCGCGUCGUAUGUUUUUGCGCUGCUGCUG